AAUUUAAACACAACAACUAGUAUAGCCUGUCCGAAUAUUGUUCAUUCUAAUUCAAUUUUCUUUUUAUUUUUCUAUUUUUUAUUUUCUCCUUUGGAACCAUAAAAGUCUUCCUAUAAUACAUAUCUUAUUAAACUUAUAUGAUGACUCUAAUAUUUUCUUCUUCUCAUCAUCAAGUGAUUAUUUGAUAUACCAAAAACACACUCCAAACCAAAACUACCUAUCAAGUACUUUACAUUCCCCUCUCACUCUUCUUCAUCCAUUCAAAACAUAAGCUAGCAUCAUGAUCAGAGAAUAAUUCUGUCAAGAAUUAAUUAAUUCUUCUGUUAUGUAUAUGAGAUCAAUAUAUAUCUAGCUUUGGAAGAGAUAUAAUAGAAGCACUUCAUCAUCUUGAAUGAGGUGAAAAAUAUAAUUUACAACAAUAAUAUAUAAUUGAAGUUGAAGAGAGUAACAAGAAGUAGUAUUAUAGUAUAUGAAUAUGUCAGAUGGAUAUGAGAAGAGUGAGGAACAUGGUGAGGAUUCUUCAAUGGAUUCUUCACAUAAGUGUUCAGUAUCAUUUGAUUUGAAUGAAGAAGCUUGUAGUGAUCAAGGUAUUAUUAACAAUGAGGAGAAUGAUAUUGAUGAGGCAUGUGAGAAUGAAGACAAUGGUGAUGAUGAAGAUGAUGAUGAUGAUGAGAAAACAAAGGAUGAUAAUGAUAAUGAUGAAGGUACUUCAAGUUCAACAAAAAGAAGUAGUGGAUCAAAUGAAAGAAGAAAUGGUGUAAGACAAUAUGUUAGAUCAAAGAUGCCUAGACUUAGAUGGACUCCUGAUCUUCAUCAUUCCUUUGUUCAUGCUGUUGAAAGGCUUGGAGGCCAAGAGAGAGCAACACCCAAAUUGGUGCUUCAGCUAAUGAAUGUGAGAGGACUAAGCAUUGCUCAUGUUAAGAGUCACUUGCAGAUGUACCGGAGCAAAAAACUUGACGAGGUUGGACAAGUGCUAAGUCCAACACAAAGAUCAACACAUGAACUAGGUUCCAUUUCUCAUGUAGCCCAUCAAUAUUCCAUGGUUCCUCAUCAACAUUUCAAGAUGGCAAAUGGUGGAAUUGUUCUAGAAACAAAUUACAACCAAAACAGUUAUAAUUUCCACAGUCUCCUUCAUCCCUCAUCCUUAUCACAUUCAAAACCCAUCAAUUUAAGGCACAAUCAAUGGUACUUAAACCAUCAACCUUUGAGACCAAGCUUUGGGAGCAAUGAAGUUGUCUCCUCCUCAACAGCCUUACAUAUGCUACAAGGAAGAUCAUCGGUAGCUUCGAACCAACAGCUUCAACUAAUGGAUACGACGGCCAAUACCACACUUGCUCCAAUGAGACCAAGCCAAUUUCUUGAAGAGAAAAGAUGGCCUCCAUUAGAUAUCAUGAACAAUCAUCAAUAUUUGAAGAAAAAUUUACAUGCCAAUAUUGUUUCUACUUUUGGCCCCACUACAACAUCACUUAGACCAGCUGAAGUGAACUUUGGAAACAAUACAAGAUUCAGGGAUCAUCUAUCAAACAUCAAUGAGCACCACAAUUCUUUCAAUAGUUCAAAGCUUCAAUUUGAUCCCCCAUUUCGGAUUAAGUUGAAUGAAGAAACAUUGGAGAAAGAGAAAAAAUGGGUACCUGAUUUGCAACUGAGUUUAAGUCAAACAAAUAGCAACAAUGAUGGCAAGAGUGAUCAUGGUUUUAGAGAAACCAAAGAAAUCAACACAAAACUCUCACUUUCUUAGAAUUCAUUUAUUAUUAUCCAUGUCAAUAAUAAUAUGCAAAUACAACACCCUAAUUACACGAUUGCAUUUCCAAAAAAAAAAAAAAGGAAAAAAGUUAAAGUUACAUAAUACACCGAUUGUUGGCUUGGCAAUACUUACUUGAUUAGGAUGAGCUUGUUUACAAUUUUCAUAUUUCAAUAGGAUUAUAGGACUACGUACAAGUGGGGUGCAACCGCCUAGGUUUUAAGAUUUUAGGAGGUCCAAAUUUAUUAUUUAUAUUCACCUGUUUUUAUAAGUGUUAUAUAAAAUAAAAUAAAAUUAUAUGCA